AACUCCCCACCGCUUCUUGCAACAGCGAAGUCACCCACCCACCGAUGGAAUCCGAUCGAACGGCCGAUGAGACCGCACAACGCGCCCUCCGUCGGAUCCAACGGCUCUCCCUUCAUCUCUCCCACCCGUCCUCCCCAUCCAACGGCCUCGAUCUUCUCUACCAAUCUCAGUGCUCCGGCGGCCGUCGGCCGCCGGUGGUGAACAGGGCUGAGCUGACGGAGUUCAUGAGAGGCCCGCAUCGUGAGAUCCAGGAACGGCUUUUCGAGUUCUUCAACGCCCGGCCGGAGCUCCAGACCCCGGUGGAGAUCUCCAUGGCCGAGCACCGUGAGCUCUGUAUGCGGCAGCUCACUGCGCUGGUUCGCGAGGCUGGGGUCAGACCUUUGAAGUUCGUGCUCGAGGAUCCCUCUUUGUACUUCUCUAUCUUGGAGACCGCUGGUGGGAUCGACAUCUCGCUCGGGAUCAAGAUGGGUGUGCAGUAUAGCUUGUGGGGAGGCUCAGUAAUGAAUUUAGGAACAGAAAAGCACAAGGAUAAGUACUUCAAUAAAAUUGACAGUUUGGAAUACCCUGGAUGCUUUGCCAUGACAGAACUUCAUCAUGGAUCCAAUGUACAAGGCCUCCAGACGACUGCUACUUUUGAUCCUAUCACUGAUGAGUUUGUGAUCAACACACCUAAUGAUGGGGCAAUUAAAUGGUGGAUUGGUAACGCUGCAGUUCAUGGAAAGUUUGCUACAGUUUUUGCAAGGUUGAUUCUGCCUUUGCAAGGAGAAGGAGGUGCUCCUGCUGAUAUGGGUGUUCAUGCGUUCAUUGUUCCUAUCAGAGAUAUGGACACCCAUUGCACUCUUCCUGGAAUCGAGAUUCAUGAUUGUGGACACAAAAUUGGUCUGAAUGGCGUGGAUAAUGGGGCACUGAGGUUUUGCUCUGUGAGGAUUCCUCGGGAUAAUCUCCUUAACAGAUUCGGUGAUGUCUCACGUGAUGGUAAAUAUACUAGUAGUCUUCCAACUAUUAAUAAGAGGUUUGCUGCUACUUUAGGAGAACUUGUCGGAGGGAGAGUCGGUCUUGCAUUCUCCUCUGUAAGUGUUCUCAAAGUUGCUACCACUAUUGCUGUGAGAUACUCACUCCUUCGGCAGCAAUUUGGUCCUCCAAAGCAGCCGGAAAUCAGUAUAUUGGAUUACCAAUCUCAGCAACACAAACUCAUGCCAAUGCUUGCUUCAGCAUAUGCUUUCCACUUUGCAACUCGGUAUUUGGUUGAUAGGUAUUCCGAGAUGAAGAAAUCACAUGAUGAUGAGGUUGUUGGUGAUGUUCAUGCUCUAUCAGCAGGUCUGAAGGCGUAUAUUACAUCAUACACAGCCAAAUCUUUGAGUGUAUGCAGAGAAGCCUGUGGUGGCCAUGGGUAUGCAGCUGUGAAUAGGUUCGGUAUUCUUCGAAAUGAUCAUGAUAUAUUCCAGACAUUUGAAGGCGACAACACCGUUCUUCUGCAGCAGGUUGCCAUUGAUCUAUUGAAACAAUACAAGGAGAAGUUUCGAGGAGGGACUCUUACUGUGACAUGGAACUACUUGAGAGAGUCUAUGUCAGCAUACUUAUCACAGCCUAAUCCUGUAACAGUUCGGUGGGAAGGAGAAGACCAUUUACGAGAUCCCAACUUCCAGCUAGAUGCUUUUAGAUACCGAACUUCUCGUUUGCUUCAAAGCGUUGCUGUAAGACUUCGGAAGCACUCCAAGACGCUAGGAGGUUUUGGUGCAUGGAACCGAUGCCUAAAUCAUCUUCUGACACUCGCAGAAUCACAUAUUGAGUCAGUGAUUCUUGCGAGGUUUAUCGAGUGUGUAAAGAGCUGCCCAAACAAGAACACCCGUGAUACUCUGAAGCUUGUUUGUGAUCUUUAUGCAUUGGACCGAAUCUUGAACGACAUAGGGACAUAUCGCAACGUUGAUUAUAUAUCUCCAAAUAAAGCUAAAGCAAUUAACAAGCUGACAGAAUUCCUGAGUUUCCAAGUGAGAUUAAUUGCUAGAGAACUCGUUGAUGCAUUUGAUUUUCCAGAUCUCAUCACUCGAGCUCCGAUCGGCAUGCAGUCUGAAGCAUACGCACAGUAUACCCAAUAUGUUGGAUUCUAGUCAAGCUUUAAGAACUCUCCAAUUUCUAACACAUACACAAUAAACACACUGCUUUUCAUAUGCUUCAUAAAUACUUCCAUCUUGUAGGUUUAUAACAAGAUGUGAUGAUGAACUUGGAACUGUGCAUUAACUUGGAUAUGUCUUUAUGUGUUUGUGGAUUCAUUGCUGAUAAGGAUUGAUAAUUUGAUAUUAA